GGGCUCGGCUGCCUGGAGCGAGACCUGGCGAGCAUAUGCAAACGAACAGUCGAGCCUAGUCGGCCUCAGUGUAGCCUAGUAACCCCAACUCUCCGCCAUCCUACUCGCUUCCACCAUACAAACCAUCUGCUCCACGAUGCCAUCCUAGACGCGAUCGUCUGA